UUACUUCAAAUUUUAAGAUUACUCUAUGAUGGAAUCGAAGGCAGAACAAAUUAUUCACAGAUGUAUAUUCUGCUUACAAUUCUUUUGCUAUUUAGUCAGGAUGAAGUUUUUAAUGAAAACAUUCAAAAAAUCUCAAUAUCUUAUCAGCCAUGGUUCACAGAAAGAUUGUUAAAAUCCGUAUCAUUAGGAGGUUUAACAUAUUUAGUUCUUAUAAGGGUUAUACAGUUCAAUCUCAGUUCGCAUCGGGAUGUGUACUUUCACAACAAUUGUUUAGCAACUAUGGCUAACUUGGGGAAUAGCAUUCAAGAUAUACAUCCUUAUGUUGCGCAAAGGCUCGUUAACUUGUUUGAUAUCGUGGCUAAACGGUAUCAAAAAUUACGAGAAAAAGCUCAGCAACAGGGUGAGGAUGAAAAUGUAAGUAAUUUGAACAUGGAAAAUUUUAUUAUUCAAUAUUCCGAUGCUGUCGCAAUUUACGGUGACCUUGUCUGUCUAGUCUUGGAAAUAAUCAAUUCUGUGUUGAUCCGAAGGCUAAAUUCUAACCCGGAAUUAAUAUAUUCUCUAUUGCAUAAAAAGGAUUUGUUUACCCAUUUUCAAUUGCACCCUCGAUUUGCAGAACUAAUUGCUAAUAUUGAUAAUGUAAUUAGUUAUUUUCACGCUCGAAUAUCAGAAGCAAAUCUUAAAUCUCCAUCUGCGGAAGAGAUUUCAGAAUUAAUAGAAACUGCAGCAAGAACUUGGCCGCCAGGUAGACUUAAGGAAUUUCCUGAUUUGAAAUUCCAAUAUGAAGAAGAAUUAGAAUCACAGGAAUUCUUCUGUCCAUACGUGUGGGCUUUAAUAUAUCGUCAUACUUGGAUUUAUUGGGAUGAAAACAAAACACAUAUCUUAAACGAUUAUAUUAUAGUAAGUAAUAUCUGA